AUGGAAGCGCAAACUUCUCUCCAUUAUUCUCCCAAAAUUUCCUUAGUUUUCCGAAUUUUGGCAACGUCAUGUAUAACUAUUUCUGUGGUAUGCUGUUUAAUUAGUGAUCUGUGGUACUACUAUACUCUUCCAACGCUCGGAUUCUUUGCUGCUGUUCUUGCUGCAUUUCUUCUCGUUUGUACCAUUAUUCAAAUAUUGAAAUUCUCGAACAAUGAAAGAUUCCUGUUAUAUCCAAUGCAAAUAGCGAUCGUGAUGAUACCAAUGUUCCUUUCCUUAUUAGCUAUGAUAUUUUUUGCCCUUGGCGUAAGAGUAUGCAACAAUUUGUUCAGCGAGACUUGUUUUAUUCUGUACAACUCACCAUCGCUUACGACUGCAAUGAUUUUUGCUGCUCUUUGCUUUUGCAUUUUACUAUUGGAACUCAUACUUUUGUUAUGUACGAACGAACCAAAUAAAACGAUAGAUGGUGGUACUCAAACUGGACCAGUAAGCAAUCGAGAUUCCAAUUGUGAUAAAACAUCAGCUAUAAUCAUAAAUCCGCAAUUCAAGCAAGCAUUUAUUGCUCGUCGCUCUCCGAUGCAAACAAAUCUAUGA